UAUUAUAAAUUUCACCAAUCCAAACUUCCUGUUUCCCCCCUUUAUAUUGCAGCCAUCUGCUAGCUAGAUUAUUGAGAAAUAAUAAGAAGUAAUUACCAAAAGAAGGAAAAAUGGUUAGCUUUGAGACAUUCCUUCAACCCAAUAACCCUGUUCAAAGAAAGAGUAGUGUAAAGAUGGGUUAUGAUGUGCCUGAAGGAGUUGAUAUUAGGGGAAGAUAUGAUCCUGAAUUUUCCAAGAUUCUCACUAGGGAUGCUUUGCAGUUUGUAGCUGAUUUGCAAAGGGAAUUCAGGAACCACAUUAAGUAUGCUAUGGAGUGUAGGAAAGAGGCUAAGAAGAGGUAUAAUAAUGGAGGGUUGCCGGGUUUUGAUCCGACAACCAAAUAUAUUAGGGAUGGUGAGUGGGUGUGUGCUCCUGUUCCGCAGGCGGUGGCUGAUCGGAGGGUGGAGAUUACUGGUCCAGUUGAGAGGAAGAUGGUCAUCAAUGCCCUUAAUUCUGGAGCCAAGGUUUUCAUGGCAGACUUUGAAGAUGCACUGUCACCAAACUGGGAAAAUCUAAUGAGAGGCCAUAUAAAUUUGAGGGAUGCAGUGAAUGGAACAAUAACAUUCCAUGAUCAAACCAGAAACAAAGUGUAUAAACUGAAUGAUCAGAUAGCUAAGCUAUUUGUGCGUCCAAGAGGGUGGCAUUUGCCAGAAGCUCACAUCUUCAUUGAUGGUGAGCCUGCCACUGGUUGCCUUGUCGACUUCGGUCUCUACUUUUUCCACAACUAUGCCAACUUCCGCAAGACCCAAGGACAAGGCUUUGGACCCUUUUUCUACCUUCCCAAAAUGGAACAUUCUAGGGAAGCUAGAAUAUGGAACAGUGUGUUUGAGAGGGCGGAGAAAUGGGCUGGAAUUGAGAAAGGAAGCAUUAGGGCCACUGUCCUAAUUGAAACACUUCCAGCGGUGUUUCAAAUGAAUGAAAUUUUGUAUGAACUGAGGGACCAUUCUGUUGGCCUCAACUGUGGUAGAUGGGAUUACAUCUUCAGCUAUGUCAAGACUUUCCAAGCUCACCCUGAUCGCCUACUCCCCGAUAGGGUUCUAGUUGGCAUGGGUCAGCACUUUAUGAGGAGUUACUCUGACUUGCUCAUCCACACUUGUCAUAAGCGCGGCGUCCAUGCUAUGGGAGGCAUGGCAGCUCAGAUUCCUAUCAGAGAUGAUGCGGCAGCUAAUGAGGCAGCAUUGGAACUUGUAAGGAAGGAUAAGCUGAGAGAAGUGAAGGCAGGGCAUGAUGGAACAUGGGCAGCUCACCCUGGCCUAAUCCCAGCCUGCAUGGAAGUCUUCAGCAGCAACAUGACCAAUGCACCUAACCAAAUCCAUUCCAUGAAGCGCCAAGAUGCAUCGGUCCUAGUUGAAGAAGACCUGCUGCAGAGGCCGAGAGGUGUCCGAACGAUGGAGGGUCUCCGGCUGAACACCCGAGUGGGAAUCCAGUACUUAGCAGCCUGGCUGACUGGGGCUGGUUCUGUCCCACUUUACAAUCUCAUGGAAGACGCCGCAACAGCUGAGAUUAGUAGAGUCCAGAACUGGCAGUGGCUGAAAUAUGGAGUGGAAUUGGAUGGAGAUGGACUUGGGGUGAAGGUGAACUUGGACCUGUUUGGAAGAGUGGUUGAAGAAGAAAUGGCUAGGAUUGAGAGAGAAGUGGGAAAGGAGAAAUUCAAGAAAGGAAUGUACAAGGAGGCAUGCAAGUUAUUCACAAGGCAAUGCACUGCACCAGUCUUGGAUGACUUUCUGACUCUUGAUGCCUACAAUAACAUUGUCAUGCAUCGUCCUAUUGGAUCAUCCCGGCUCUAAAUUUCGCAGCUUUUGCUGUAAGAUAAAUCGGGUGUCUCUAUAUUGUGACUACUGCUAUCUUCCCUGCAAUAAUGAUAGGAAAUGGAAGUUCGCCUUUGAGGAGAUAGUUGAUUAUCCGAAGGCUCUGUUUUUUCAGCUUUGCUUUUCAAUCAAUCUGUUAUUUGUAUUUGUGAGUACUGCUAUCUUUCCCUGUAAUAAUAAAGGCAAUUGUUCAUUUUA